UUAUUUUUGACAGAUGUGUGUCGUCGUGUUGUGUGGCGUCCUGUCUAUUUAUCUUUAGAAUUUUAUUAUUAUUUACAGAUUUUUUACUCGAUCCUUUGUUUAGAAAUGUGUUAAAGUGUAAGAUUAGAGUAGUUUAGUGUACUUAGGAAUUAUUAUUAGGAUAAUCUCAAAGGAAUAGAGCGGAUUGUUUGGAAACAUGGACCGCAAUAAUAUGAGGACUUCUAAUUACAGAUAUGUGAGCAGCGGCACGCGGUCGUUGCCUCAUAUGGGGGGGAGUAAGCGACACAAUGGGAACGGUCACGCAGCGAGACUCAGCCCCCCUGCGCAGGCGCCGCCCCCACACGUGAACCACCACCAGCACCACAACAACAACAAUAAUAACAACAACAACAAUGUCAACAACCAGAACGAUGAUCUUAUCAACUAUAUCUACGAUUCUUGGAAUAAGGUGACACGCGAGCUAGAACGCGGCAGUGAAGAUGCGAAGUACUACCAGGAGGUGCUGGCUCCUCGUCAGCUCGCCAACUUCAGACCUUUCGACCUUGACGAGUGGUGGGCCCGUCGCCUCGUUCAGAGCAUAAACCGCAACAAACACCGGUCUUAGUUCCCGAACAAAUUCAGUUGGUGAACGACUUGACAACUGUGCCCAUUGGAAUAAAAGCAAUCUUUAAUUUUAGCUUCGUAUAAUGAUCUAGACUUACCUCCGCAGCUCAGAUGGCCUUUCAAGUGAUUCAAGUGAUUUAAGUCCAACUUCCAUUUAAACUUAGUCGGCCAUCUUACUUAACUGACAAACACCAAUAUUUUAAAAUCAGAAGCAUUUAAUUUUUGCUUUUAAUUGUUAAUCUGUGCAAUUGAAAAAAAUAAGUUGUAUUUUUAAGGUGUGAAAUUGAAUUUAGACAGUAAUAAUAAUCAUGUUUUUUAAAAUUUUAAGGUUUUAAUGUAUUUUAUCCAUUCUGUCUCAAUACAAAAAGUAAUUCUGCGAAACUUUUCCGUAUUAUGCAAACUAUAUUAUCGAUUCUUUAUGGUUGUUAUGCAUUGUCAAUUAAUAAUGCAAUAGUUAAGACAUAAAAAUAUACAGUGGGUGUAGUAACGAGUCUUUCAUAAACAAAGUCUGUAGUGUCUCAUUGUACAGUCUUGAAAUACUCGUUCAAAGAGUUUAGAAGUGUUCUACAAACAGAUUUUUACUAUUAACUAUCCGUAACCUUAGAUUGUAUAGACUGGAGACGACAUUACUGUGCCUCAGUAAUAAAAAAAAUAAAACUGUCAUAAUUCCCGCCAAAUUUUACGUCAAAAUGACUUGACAUUUCAACACCAAUGAUGUUCAUUACUAAAGCAGGGUUUUCUUUGUGACUACGGUUGUCUCCAGUAUAUUUUCUCGUAUUUCACGGUAAAUAGAUUUUUAUCUUCUACUCAGAGUAUUAGAUGCAGUUGUACUUAUAAUUAGAUUUAAACCUUAAUAAUCUUGUAGACUUACGCAAUGCAAUAUUAUUUUUUAUACUACUUACUUAUUUACUACGUUAUAUUGGUUUUAUAAACCAUUGUUUAAUAGUUUUAGUAGUUCAGCUUAAUUUUGCAAUGUUGUAGUUAAAUUUGUUUUAAAUAUUAACGCUUUUAUUCUUGAGGAAGUAUGUAGCAUUGCAUGGAUGGCUCGUAGAAUUGUGUAGUCUAUGAUUCUCUAUGUAUUGUUAGUACAACCUUCUUUGCAAGCUCUAAAAACGUAGUCUGUUUUUGCACAGAAUGAAAAUUAAAAAUUAAUCCUAUCUCUUCUUCUAAUGUUCAAUCGAAUUUUAAAUUAUCCUAAUGUUAUAAUAAUGGCAAUGAGACAUUACUGCCCCGAGAUUAUGUUCUACAUUUUUAGUUUCCCUUCGUUAUGUGAACUUUUAUUUCCACCCUUCUAGUAUUGUAGAAAUUAACUUCAAGUAAUAUAAAUAGCAAUAAGUAACUCUGUUAUUUACUUUAAUAAAUAGUACAUGUAUAAUCACAAUGCGACGAUACACAUAGGUACAUAAAAUGGAACGUAAUGUUAAAUAAAGAAAGGAACGAAUGAAAAGUAACCUUAUUUAUAAUCAUAUACAGUAUAAAGUACAUUGUAAACGCGUUUUGUAAUAAAUUGUGAUAUAAAUUAUUUGUAUGUUGUCGAAGCAAUAAUCGAAGUUGACAUGAAGGCGGGAAACAUUGUUUUUAAAAUGUUUUUCAAUAAAGUAGGCGAUGUUAGGUAUUGUAAUGUAAAUAAGUUAGUAUGAAUUUCUAUUUUUAUUUAAUAAUUGUAAGUAAAUGUGUCAUUGCGAAUUAGAAUUGGCUAGAAUAUUGUGUUUUAUCAUAACCUGUUGACAUAGGGUUUGGGUACACUGGCGGGCGUACAAUGUGGGGCAUUUAAAUUGCAUUUUUACAACUUUUUCUUUUUUAUUGUCGCCAGUGUAUUUGAGCUGUAGCAUUUAGAGAUUGACCUGACGUUAGAUCUGCCUCAGACAUGGUUGUAAAAGUGGUAGUCUGUAGGCUGUAUGAUCCUGUAAUAGUUCAUCUACAUUCCAUUCACGUAUGUACUUAGCGUUUCAAACUAUUGUAAAUACGUUUUAAGUGACGCAGUGCUGACAGAUUAUGGAUUUGAAUAAAUUUUUUAAAUAAAUC